AUGACUUCCAUCUCUAAUGACCUCACCUUCCUUAUGCUGUGUCGCCCGGCCAAUAUCUGGAAGGAAGCGGCGACCCGCCAGGAGACCGAGCACCCCAGCCACCUCAUCAAAGGCCAGCCCCGCCGCGCCGUCAGGCCGCAGACCACGCCCCCGCGCUCCGCGCACCGCCCCGCGAGCAGGCCGGGCCCGGACGCCGCGCUUCCUUCCGCAGGCCCUUGGCCGGGGCCCCCGCCCCGCCCCCGCCCGCGCCGCCUGCCCCGCCUCUCGCGGCCAGAGUUCCAAGAGAACGCCGGGGCCCCCCGACCCGCGCCCGCAGAAUUCCGGGCCGCCGCGGCCACGCCGGAGACACUAGGAGGGCGGGCGGCGCCCUGGAGCCAAGGUGGCCCCUCAGCUGCGACGGGCCGGGCUAGGUCGGGCCUGACUCCGGAGAGAGCAGGGCCGCCCGACAGCACCCCCCGGCCGCGACCCGCCGGCCCGCGGCUCGGGGUGAUCCUGCCGCCCUUCCGCGAGCCCUUCCCUCCAGGGCCUCUUUCUCCGGAGCUCACCUCCCGACUCCGCGCCCGCAGCCUGCGCUUCGGCUCCAGCUCGGGUUCCGGGGCCCCGGAUCGCAGCGACUCCCUCACAGCUGCGCUCCGCAGCGCAACCGAACUGCGGGCCCCGCCCUCGCGGCGUCCGGACCAACAGUGGGCGGUGCCGCACCGCCGCCAGGUUUCCAUUGGACAGGGCAGCGGGGGGCGGUUCCCACAGACAGGCGCUCUCAGGGCAGUCUCCUGCCGCGUCUCCUCCCCUUGCAGGGCUCCGACGGACAGCCUGCCAGCGUUGUCUUCUGUCUUUCUGUCCAUCCUCCGCCCAGUCGAGGUGCCCCCAAGUAAUUCUGCCAGACGAAAGGAAGGCCUUCUCUCUCUUCUUGAAAGCGCCAUGACAGUCCUAAUCCUCAGAAAAGACAAAAGGAACGGAAGACUCGGCCUCGAUCCUAGCGACGAACCUACCCACAUUCCCCAUUUGGGAAAGAGACAGUGCACUGGUCAUCAAAUUUUCAGAAAGCUUUUUUUCUUUAAUCGCUUAACAUGAAAACU